UUCCACGGGCCAAUCAAGCGGAGCCAAGGGUCGUCUCCUCUCCUGCUCUCAACGUCUCCUCCCUUCCCUAUUAAAGCGUGUUUCCAACUCGUCCUGCCCAUCGAUCUUUUCAGAACCCACCUUCCAAGUUCAAAUACCACAACCGCAAGCAAAAGCCUUGUGUAUUUUUCGCUAGUUUGUGUACAUAUAAAGGGGGAGAUUUAUUGUGGGUGCUCGGAUUGUGGUAUCUUUGGUACUCGUGAUAGCUGUUACUUUUCAUUUUCUCCAGUCUAAGAUCAUUUGUGAGGCAUGGCUUGCGCUGCUGGUUUGAUGGGCAAGUAUGGGUCAUCUUGGAUUCAACUCAAGAACAAUGAACGGACGUCGAUGAAGAAGAGGGUGGCAUGUAAAGAAGGGGUGAGAGUCUUCUGCUCUUAUCCUGCUUCCGUUGUGGAUCCAUACAAGACUCUCAGAAUUCAUCGCGGUGCUUCUGAAUCUGAGGUCAAGAAGGCCUUUAGACAGCUCGCUUUGCAGUAUCAUCCGGACGUAUGCAGAGGAAGCAAUUGCAAAGUGCAGUUUCAUCAGAUCAACGAAGCAUAUGAUAUUGUGAUGAGCAAUUUGAGAGGAGAAUCAAAUGAUCCGCAGAUGUACGAGCCGGAAGACCAAGGGAUCGAUGAGCCGAUGAGAGCCAUGGAUGAUUCAGAUUGGGACUUGUGGGAAGAAUGGAUGGGAUGGGAAGGAGCAGGAAUUCGCGACUACUCAUCACACAUCAACCCUUACAUUUGAUCAUCUCAACCAAAGGGUUGUGUUUGUGCAUAUUAUAUAUGAUGUAAGUGGGGCCUAAGUCGUUCCUUUUUCUGUAUAUAUAUGUAACAUAACAAAAAAACAUCAUGAUUUUGGCCAUGGCCAUUAAACUGUUGCCUCAAGGUGUUCAUAAGAGAACAUGGCAUGAGAGUAAAGUAUACAAGUUUCUUAUUCAUGUAUUAAUGUCUAUUUUAUUCCCAAUAAAAGCAAGAAACUCUGUAUGCAGCAACA